UUUAAGUAUUUUUUAUCUUCUUUGGUACUUGUGGAAAUUUGCUGAGACUGUGGACUGCAUGACUUUCUAGUAAGGUAUACUGAUCAGAGCACAAAGGAGGGAAGAAAAUUGUUACCUCCACCAUACUUCGCUGGUGCUACAACACACUCAGGUUAUGGCUGAGGAAACAAAUGUCAUUCUGGAAGAUGUACCAGGUGGCAAGCAGGAAGAGGAACAACCAUCAAAUUUAAAUAAUGACAAUAACAAUGGUGAAAAUGUUGUUGCAGCAGCUCCAGUUAUCCCUUUGAAUCCAUAUGCAUAUCUGGAAAGAAACGAGUUUACUUCUGAAAGGUUCAAAAUAGAAGUUAGAGGACUACCUAAAUACUAUGGAAUUGGUGAAUUUAAAAAACUCUUGAAUGAUAAACUGAAACUUUCAACAACAAAACUGAAACCUCCAGCUAGAGGAAGUCGAUGGAUAUAUAUCUGCUUUCGAACAGAGGAAGAUAAAAAGAGAGCUCUGGAAGUUCUGAGUGGCUACAACUGGAAGAACAGCAUAUUAAGUGCACAGGAGGCGAGAGCUGCACCUGAUCCACUGGUACAGAAGAGAUCAUUGCAGCUGGAAACAGAUGAUGUUGCUGCUAAGAAAGUAAAGCUCACCUCUGAAACAUUGACUGAAAUGUUGAAAAAAUCUACAACACCAUGGUGGGACAUACCUUAUGAGGAACAGGUGAACCGGAAGCUGGAAAGCAUGCGCCAGUUGCUCACGCGUCUGGGCCGUGAUAUGGUACGCUGUAACCCAGCACUGGGUGCAUGGCUGAAGAAGCAGCAAAGUAUGUAUAAUGGAUUACCAUGUGAGCUGCUUGGUUGUCGUUCUUCUCCUCAACAGGACAGCUACCGCAAUAAAUGUGAAUUCACCAUUGGCAGAAACCCUGUAACAGGUGAAGGAACUGUUGGCUUCCGAGUGAGCAGUUAUGCUCAGGGUAGCACUGCUGUAGGACCAGUUGAUAGUUUAGUACAUAUCCCUCAGCGCAUGAAGCUUGCUGCAAAGGUUUUUGAGCAAUUUGUACGGUCAUCAAAACUUCCUGUAUUUGAACCAGAACACCAAUCAGGGUAUUGGAGGCAGCUGACAUGUAGAUUGUCUAUGUCAAAUGAUCAGCUAAUGCUUGUUGUUGGAUUGCAUCCACAACAACUUAGUGCAGAUGAGCUGAACGAUGUGAAAACUGAGCUGAAAGAAUUUUUCAUGCAUGGAGGAGGGAAAGAUUGCAAUGUAACAUCACUUUACUUUCAACUGAUUUCCAAAAGGCAAGCAGGGACUGAUCCCACUCCACCAGAGCUCCUGAUGGGUGCCUCUCAUAUUGAGGAAAGUAUCUGUGGAGUCACUCUACGCAUUUCACCAGAAGCCUUCUUUCAGGUGAACAGUGCUGCUGCCGAAGUACUGUAUGGUGCGGUAGAAGAGGUGGCCCAACCUACUAGAGAUACAUCUCUUUUGGAUGUAUGUUGUGGUUCAGGAGCUAUAGGACUUUGUCUGGCUAAGAAGUGUGGGCAAGUACUAGGUGUAGAGCUGAUUACACGUGCUGUGGAAGAUGCCCGUACCAAUGCAUCCAUCAAUUCUGUGGAGAACUGUGAAUUCUUCUCAGGUGCAGCAGAGGAGAUUUUGUCUUCAGUUAUUCGUCGUGCUACCUGUAAAGACCUUUUGGCUGUUGUUGAUCCUCCUCGUGCUGGCUUACGCCAGAAAGCAAUCAAGCUUAUUCGCAGGACAGAGGCAUUAACACGAAUGGUGUUCCUGUCGUGUGAUCCACAAGCAGCCAGAGAAAACUUUUUGUCAUUAAGUCGGCCUGCUUCCAAAACAUACUGGGGUGAUCCUAUAGUACCAGUAAGAGCUGUUGCUGUUGACAUGUUCCCACAUACACCACACUGUGAACUUAUCAUAUAUUUUGAGCGAUACUGUGACGUUAAUACUACACCUGUUGCACCUGAAGAUGCUGAAGCUAAACCUCAUGUUACAGUGGAUAUGAACCUAAAGGACAGUUGAUUGUGAACUAUUUAUAACAGCUGGCUUUAGAAAUAAAUUAUUUCAAAUUCUCUUGUUACAUGAUCAAUACUUAAAACAAGUAGCUGAACUUUCAGUGAGAAAUACUAAGAAAUCUGAGAUGCUUCCUGCAGAGUGGAUGUGCCUCUGUCAGUUGGAAAAAAUAAAAUGUCAGCUCCUGUACACAAAAGCUGUGUGUCAGAAUAUAACAUGGAAGUGUCAA